AUGUUGGAAUCUAGGAAAGAAAAAAGUAAAGUACAAAAAUCUUCAAAACCUCAAUCAGAUCGCAAAAAGAGACGACAAAGAGAUAGCAGGCCGUCUCUGCUUGGGAUCGUUGAACUUCCUCCCGGCAAAAAUAGUUCGGUUUCUGAAUCCAACCCAGAAAGCCAGGGAUCCGCGACUAGUGGUGUCAAAAAGGAUCAAGCACAAUCUCCGCGCGGGGAUACCAAGUCCCCUAUCGGUAACCAUCUUGGCAGCGGUUUGGCUCAUCUUACUGGAUCUUUUCUCGAUCUCAAUGUUAGGAUUUUCACUCAGCCGCUGGGCCUAAGGAGCCAGUGGGCUGAGCGUGGUCGUGGCUAUGUCGAGUUCGGAAAUUAUACCAUUCGUGUUAAGACUUCCGAAAGUCUUAAGGGCAAUGAUAAUAGAACUAGCUCAAAUUUGACAGGAGAAACAGAAGCCACUGCUUCUUCCUCGCUGCUUCUGCGACAGACCUUGGCAGAUCCUCAGCAACAGCAUCCUGGUGGUCUUGGGAAAAUAUGGCAAAAGGCAAAGAAAAACGGUACACUCAGCGGUACAAAUGAUUUGUUCGAUGACGGCUCGAUUCUUCCGGUCGAAAAUAUGAGGCCAGGAUCCAAAAAGCGUGAGGAUUCUGCUGGGCAAAGGUUGUCAAACUUGGAUGACCUCUUAGUUAACUCAAACAGUUGCAUUGAGUUUGCACAAAACGAUGUCGAUAAUGAUGGAGCCAAUGAUGGUAUCAUCCUAGAGGAUAUCAUAACGAACGAAACAAUUUUUGUUGGUGAAAACUGUUCAAUUGUUUGGAAUAGCCUCGAUAAAAAGCUUUCUUUGUGCCUCAUGUUCUCAUCGGUGAAUGGGUAUAUUGCUUCCUGGAGCGCGUUGAUAGCCAUGCAGGGGAAGGCCUACCCACGCUUUGAGCUAGACUUCUUAAGUCUCUCCGUACGACAGGCCCUAGAUGACCACAAGGGGUCUGAUAAAGAAGCUCCCACACCACACCUGACCCCUAUAAACGCGGAUGAUCUCUAUCAGUCUCAAUGCUUGCCCUAUUCAGUUUUUCUGCAUGAUAAAUACAACCCACCGCUGGGCUUUAUUGAGAAACACUUUAUUUCUUUAUGCCUGAUGCAGUUUGGCCACAUCGCCCUUGCAGAACUAUACGAAGAUAGUAGCACUAUCCUUGCUCUCCUUGAUAUAGCAAAUGAGGAUUUAUUAGGAGAACUACUCGGUGAUCAAGCCUAUCCCUUUCUGAUUAAAGGACUUGGUUGUACGUCUCCUCCCGAGACUUGGUCAAUACCAGAUGGAUUAAGCAAUUUGACCGUUUCACAAGAGCUAGCCACGAUUAUUUCGAAGGAUUUGCGCUCUACACAACUGUUGAACAUCGUGAGAUCGCUUCCAGUCAAAACAGGAUUUUUUGAGAAGCUAAACAUUGUUGUAAAGCGUUUGCGCAAUGAGGUCAUCUACGCACUACUCUCAAAAAAUGAAAUUUUUGAGCAAAUCAAAGGAGCACUUGAGAUCGUUCCCCCUUUGCGUACCUCACACCAUGGGGGACCUCUUGACUGUCUGGAGAUAAGCGAUAGCCUUCACUCGACCGAUCAUGAUUCUAACUCUACUUUGUCUGGUCGCGCCAGUGUGUCAUUCAUCCAGGAAUGCCAGCGCGCAGAGCGUCAGGUGCUCGCGAACCUCCGCUUUCUCCGAAGCUGCAUCACGCUCGGCAUCUCGGAGCUCGGUCGGGAUUCGGUUGGCCCCGUGGUGGUAAAGGCCUUCCAAGGCGGGAUGUUAGAGGCCUUAUCGCUCGUGGCGGUGCGCUACGCGAUGCCGCCGGGCGCCGCGCUAGGUUUUUUAGACGACACCCCAGGCUGCUUCCAUGGCUGCGGCAGUUCUUGCAAUGCAGACUCCAAGCCAGUGACGCCGCUGCCGAAUUGGUAUUCGCAACCCAUUGAUAAGGAGCUAAACAGCCUACUAAACGCCACUAUAGCAAGUCUUAACGAGGAAAGGGACGAACAACUUAUGAACGAAAUUGUGCGUUCCCCCAUUUUAGAGGAUCCCCACAAAUAUAACGGCAUCAUGGCUUUUAUGCUACGGCAGCUGGUUUUCGACCAGGGAUGUAGUCCACCUGUAGGGGGCAAGCUUGCCUUGUAUGGUUCGUUAAAAACAGACAAUUGCUUCGCAAUUUUUCAUGUGUUAGGCCUCCAUGACAAUGAGUCCAGUAUCGCUAUUGGGCAGCCAAUUUCGCCCGAGUCUACCGAUAUUCGCCACAGAUUUCAUCGUCAUUUCAUUUUGAACUACAUGCAGCAUGCUACCGGCGGCUCGCUGACGCCUGUCCCUCCUUCACCCAACACGGGAUUUGAACUAAUCCAUGCUACCCCCUCUGCUAGAUCCGGCAUUAAUUGUGAAUUGAUGCUGAACCUGCCGCAGUGUAUUUCCCCUCCGUUGAUCCGUGUGAUAGAUUACCUUAUCACUUUGACGUCUCCAGAAAACCGAGAUCUGGUGUUGAAAACCAUUCUUAACCACAAGAGUCGUGUGAUCCAGUUUAUCGAGAAGUGUUACAGAAUCGCCGCAGUCAGCGUGAAAUCGCAGCGACCGAUUGGUUUGGAUGUACUUUGCAGUAACACACACUUUGUCAAAACGAUUCUCGGGUACAUUGCUUCCACCCAGUUGAGUAAGGAACAACUCUCUUUUUCUACGAACGACCCACUAUCGCAGACUCUUUCUACGAACCUAGUAAUUAUGAUCUGUCGGAGGCUCAUUUACGAGACUAACACAUUCGGUUCCAUGCUGAAAGCGUAUCAAAAAAUAGGAGGUGGUCAACGCAACACCAUAUUUCAUUCCGCAGUACUGUCAACGUUUGAAAUUAUCGAAAAAGGAGCUAUUAAAGCUAUUGACAGCAACAAUGAUAGCAUGUGUAACCUCCAGGACUACCUAUUUCUCAAAUACUUCGAAAUUCUCCCUAGGAGGUAUGCGCGACGGUUUCGUGAGGCCCUACUCACUCGCACAUCGAGGAGUCUUGGUUGCAAAAAAACGCCUGAGAUUGCUGAUAGCCUCUCCGGCCUUAGUUUAACGAGCGGCGACAUCCUACACACACCAAGCGAGCUGCGUUUUGUUGACGAAAUCGAAGCCUCGAAUGUUAAAGGUGACUUUCCAUUGAAAACAGCUCCGAUGAUAAACCGCCACCGGGAGGACGACACAAAUACGCCUGAGGUGAAGUUUUUAACGAUACUCCGAACUUGCAACGAGCAGUGGGCCCCGUCGAACCACUUUAGUGAGGAGCUCAAGCGUUUUCCUGGGGUUUCUGGCCCUUCGGAUAUGUUUCUCGAACCUACUCUUGUUAGUCCAAAAGCCUCCUCCGGGGGGUUACCCAUGCCAUUAAGUGUCUUACCUAUCCAGAACCCCCCCUCUGCGUUCAUCGAUGGAGCUCCCCUCCCUGUUGUAGGGGAUUCAUUAGGCCCUUCUAGCAAAUCGCUAGAUACGGAGGGGUUUUUUCCCCCGAAGCCAACUCCCCCCGCGACGAAGAGCCCCGCCAACAGCCGCGGCCGCAUCAAUCGAAGUAUCUCUCUCGACAUGGUGAGGGUCGGGGAGGCCGACAAUCUUCACGCUACGAGCCUACUGACAGGUUUGGUUAGCAGCAAUAAUGGUGAUAAUGCGAAGGCUGCGCUUGCUAAGAAUCCCAUCAAAUCCGUUCAAUCGGUCCCCGUUGAACCACUUACGGUGUGCGAAGACAUCAGUGAAUCCAAUACGUCUAAGAAAACUCUUAGUCUGUCGAACAAUGACUCUGCCACACACAAAAAAGAUCCAAAUCUAAGUAUUGGUACUAUUUUAUGCGACAAAGACGAUAUUGUGUUACCGUGCCUGACUAAACCCAAGUUCUCCACGUUUUAA